AUGGCUACUUCACGUCUAGCAAGGUUUGUAUCAGAGGUUGCUCCGCCUCAAUUCGUGACGGUGAUGAGGAGACAUAGAGCAGCGAAGCAGAAGCUUGACACAAUCAAAGAAGAAGAGUAUAAAGAAGAUUGUUUCAAUGGUGGGAUAAUGAUGAUGAUGUCUAAUAAGAUGACAUCAUCUCAUCACCAUUCUUAUUCUUCUUCCUCUACUUCGGUUUCUAGUUCUGGAUCUGCCUCUAAGAGUUUUUCUCGUUGA